AUGGCGUCUCUACAGCCCGAAGCUCUCUUCUCCCCCGUCCUCCACUCCGAGCGCCUCACCCUCACCCUCUUUGACAUGGAAAACAAGGACGACAUCGACUUCGUGGCGCAAAUGUUCAACGAGGAAAUGCCUCCCAACUCAAGCCCUUCAGGCGGCGACUGGACCCCCAAAGACAUCCGCCGCCUCACCUGGUCCGUCAUGCCCAAGCCCUCCGACACCCACGGCCGGCUCUCGAAAGACGCCGGCAUCUACAUUGUCCGCAUGGGCAACGACGACGCCGACGGCCUGCGCAUCGGCGUGGUGAACCUCUGUCGCCGCACGCCGGCCGUCCCGCUGGACCUGGGCUACAUGCUGAAGCCAGAGUAUCGCAACCAGCGCUACGGCACCGAGGCGGUCGGCAGGGUCCUCGAGUACUUGACGGAGGAUUUCGGCAUCAAGGAGCUUUGCAUCGUCACCGGCGAGGGGAACGUUCCGUCGCUGAAGAUGGCGCGGAGGCUGGGCUUUGUUGACGGCGGCUGGGUCACGAUGGGUGGGGAGAAGGAGGUUGUGCUGGUGUUGCCGGGGAUGAAGAAGCUGGAGGGGGAGGAGUUUACGUUUUUCGGAGACGGCGAGGAGCCUCGACAGCAAUAG